UAACUAAUAAUUUUUAUUGAUUUAUUUUAUUAGCAAUGAGCUACCUUAUUAGUAUUUUAGCGUUCCUUACCGUUGUUGGUGAGGUUGUUUCUUGGCUGAAUUGUCUCGUCCGUGACUUCCGGUUCUCCCAGGAGCGCCUCGACCCUCAGAGGCUUCUUCUUGCCGAUUACCUGAAACUGAGAGCUGGGCUGCAGGACGCAGACGUCCUUGCCGUCUUUCAGGCAGGAGACCAGCACACACUGCGGGCUGCCGUCCAUCGGGAAGCCGAGCAGGGCCAGCUGGCACCGGGGGUCAGAGCAGCACUCCGCCCGGCACUGCUCCGGCUCGGAGAUGUCGAACCUCCACGCCAGGUGAUGAGCUCCGGCUUCGAUGGAGGACGAAUUCAGUUCCAGGUGCGGAUCGUCGACCUGCUCCCACUCACAUGCCCCGACUAGGCCGAGGAAAAGUACUAAACAUUUAAGAACUUCCUUCAUCUUCUUCCUGGAUCCCGAAUGGCAAUAAAGGUUAAACCAACAAUCACAAAAUAAAAGCUUGACUUUAAAACGUCUCAACAACAAAAUGGAGACAGCGUUCACCACUUCCUGCUUUUAAUGACGCAGUGAAGACACCUGCUCGACAGCUGGAAUUUUUGGAGAAAAAAAGACAUUUGAAAGAGAAUACUUUGUCCUGCACCAUCCUGAUGGCAGCCAACCGGGUGGGGCGGCGGGUCAACAAGGUGUGCCACCCUUCGCCGAACCGGGCGGGUGGCGGGGGCAGCGUGGGACGUGAGCCGGGUCACGGCCUGCAGAGACGGCAGGCCAGAGUCACUGUCAAGUACAACCGCAAGGAGCUGCAGAGGAGGCUGGACGUGGAGAAGUGGAUCGACUGCGGCCUGGACGAGCUCUACAGGGGCCGGGAGGAGGACAUGCCCGAGGAGGUGAACAUCGAUCACCUUCUGGACCUGAAGACGGAUGGCGAGAGGAUGCAAAGACUGCAGGAGAUUCUUCAGUCGUGUAACAACAACACGGAGGUGUUCAUCAGCGAGCUGCUGGUGAAACUUCACGGCUUACAGAAGCAAGAGGAGCUCCACAACGACGGCAUCGACCUCCCGCAGCUACACAUCUACCCCGCCCGCCCCGGAUCAUCCGACAGGGAGGUGCUGCACUGACAAAGCAAGCGCACCCACUCCCUUUAAAUGCCCCCCAACCCCUUCCUUCCUCCCCGCCCUUGCAGCAUAUCCAUGGAGAGAAAUGUGUGCCUUUUUAUGCAACCAAACAAAACAAUUUUUUUUUAACUUAAAAAUGUAUUUGAAAAAUAACAAUUUUAAAGAAAAUAAACUUUUUAUUUUUAUUUGAGCUACUAUUAAAGCCAUACACUUUUGUUAUUUAACAUAGCACGUGAUACCUGCUAACUAUUAGCAUGGUAACAAUGUGCUGAGUUUUUUGCUGAGUCAUAUAACUUGGUACAUGACAUAUACCAGGCCUGGGCAAUUAUUUUGACUGGGGGGGAAUAUUGAGAACAUAUGAACGUCACAUCCCCUCUCAAUCGACAUAUUUUACAAUCAAGCCAAAUGCAACAAACACAGCGAAAUAUGAACGCGAAGGGUAAAAAAACAACAAACACCUACAAUCUGAUAUAUGUGAUACAUCACUAAGCUUGAGAACUUUCUUGUAAAAAUCAUUUCAGGCUGGCCGCUCUGGAAACACUCUGUGGAAACGCUCCCCACCCACACUGCUUGGUGCCUCGUCUGACCUGCUGUGACGUAGAUUACCAUAGUAACUAGUAGGGUUGUACGGUAUACGGGUAUUAGUAUAGUACCGCGAUACCAAUGAAGCAUAUUCAAGAUGCUUUAUUAUUGUCCAUUCUUUAACAUGUACAAGACACAUAAGAACUGAAAUUUCAUUUUCGGCACAGUCCCACUAAGAGCAGACAUACGUUACAGGUAGACAAGACGGGACCGCCAACGGAUCAGCCACUUACAGCGCUCCUUAACUACCUUUCGGUAUGGUACCGCCUCUGAAAAGUACCGGUCUGCCACACCCUAAGAUUUAUUGUUAAAAUAAGGCCAAUAAUGCAAUUUUUUCUGGUCCCCUUUAUUUAGAAAAGUAUCGAAAAGUACAGAAAAGUAUCGAAAUAAUAUUGGUAUCAGGGCAACACUAGUCACUAAAAUAUCAUGCAAAAGCGCAGAUUCUAACCAUUGAAAUACGUCGUAUAGUUCAAGACUUAUGGUAAUUUGAAAACAUCCCCGCACAUCAUAAUGGCGGCUACACUUUCCAUCUUAAAGAUCUAAAAAAAUUAUUUGGGAAUGUCCGGCGGACCAGAUUGAAAAGCUUAACGGGCCACAUGUGGCCCCCGGGCCUUAAUUUGCCCAGGUCUGACAUAUACUGUUAGCAUGCUAACUUUUUUUUUUAGCUCAUUUCUCAGGCAUAUACUCCUUAGUUAUAAACUUGGAAUGUGGCACAUGCUAACUGUUAGCAUGCUCCCUUUUUUUUUUUUAGCCUAUUUUGCAGUCGUCCACCUCAAAGUCAUAACUUGGUACUUGACACACGCUAAGGUUAACAUGCUAAACUUUUUAGCCUAUUUUGCCAGAGUACACCUCAGUCGUAUAACUUGGCACGUGACACAUGCUAAUUGUUAGCGUGCUAACGUUGGCAUGCUAAUUUUGCGUCCUUAUGCCUCAGUUAUGUUAGAAGACUUUUUUGGGGACAGUAACAACCAGCCCUAGUAUUUGGUCAUUUCCCUCCAAAAAGGCUGCUUACAUAUUGUUCAGAGGAGGCUCCGCCCACAAAAUUGAAGAGGAGUUGAAAGCAAAACAUUUUUUAUUUUUUUUGGUCAAAUCUUGUUUUGUUUGGUUGCAUAACUAGACAGUAAUUUCUCUCCAUACACCCCCCGUCAGGGAGGGGACAGACUGGAAAGCAAACAAGCCGAAAAGAAGAGUGACGGUCUUUUUCCAAACGCGCUGAACGUCCACCUCAGCAAUAAAGGGAAACAAAACACACCUGAAACCACCCUAUCACAUCUGCCAUCACACACACACACUCAUUUUUGUAUUUGUUACCUUCUUGAGACAUACGAAAAAUUCCUCCCUCUUUAGGACCACCCUUUCUAGAUAUAUAAAGAUGUGUAUUUACAACAUUAAUAAUAUAUACAUACUUUGCAAAUAUUAAAAAGGUAAGCUUUUAGGUUUUUAAUCUUCAUUAUUUACUUCGUUAUUACAGUAUGUCUCUAUAUACAUAUUUAUUUUAUUUUUGUAUUUAUUUUGGCCAAAGGGGGCGCAUUUAAAUUUCUUAUACACACUUAUUUCAUGUUGACCAGAGGGGUAACACUUUUAAAACCGACACACAGUCAAGUUGAAAAAUCCCUCCUUUUUGAUACAUUUCACCACCAGGGGUGCAAAUGAGACAUUCUCUAUUAGAUGCAAUGUUAUUAGGACCAUGAUUUAUGUCAUCACUUGUUCACCGGUCCUCAUAUGGGAGGUACUUUUCCUUGUUGAUGUCUCAAGAAGGGUAGAAAUACAAGAACACACACACACACGGAUGUGUGACAGAUCAGAUGUGUGAUUCUGGUCAGUGGAAGUGGUAACAUCUGUGCUUUUUCCAUUCCUGCUGGUUUCACUCAUGUUGCUAGUGCAAACACACAGGUCACUACACUGACCUUCACAACAGCGCCACAGUGUGUGUGCGCGAAGAAACAAGCACUUCCUGGAUGACACACAUUCCAUCCUCAAGCCUUGUUUACAGUUACAUGAUGCACCUGUUUACAUCUCUUUUGGCCUUUACUUUGGUUCUCAUCUUCUUUCUUAAAAUGUUUGUACAUGGUUUUAAAUUAAACACAAAUGUCCAAAAGCAAUAUUUCUAAUCACUUUACAACUCAACUGCCCACGUGGGGCCUUUUACGUCAACCAACAUCGCCCCCUGCUGUUUGAGGACUAUACUGCGGUCCAAGUGUCAUACAUUUAUUAACAAGACAGGUCUAUCAAUACACUUUAUUUCAUCUUUAUACAUAUUAUUGAUCAGGGACAAACUAAUAAUCAAUACUCUGGGGACAUUCAAAUUAA